GUUUAAAGCUGGGUGGAGCUUCUGCUGCUUUCCUCAGGGAGUCGCUCCCUGCCUGCGGGAUGGAGGGAGACAUCAGACCAGGGCCGGCAAUGACAGCCCAACGAGCAGCAGGUUCACGGCUAAGGAGAUUAGGUUUAUAUUGGAUAUAAAGAAAAAAUACAUGCCGGUGAGGGUGGUGAGAAGUUGGAACAGGUUGUCUUGAGAAAGCUGUGGAUGUCCAUCCCUGGAAGUGUUCAGGGUCAGGCAGUAUGGACUAGUGGAAAGUGUCUCUGCCCACGGCAGGGGGAUUGGAACUGCAUGAUCUAUGAAGGUCCCUUCCAAACUGUUUUGUGAUUCUAUGAUCUUUGCAUCAUUAAAACAAAACAAAACAAAAAAAACAAAAAAAAAACAAACAAAAAAAAAAGCUGGAGACGGUGUUUGCAGGACUAGGCAAAAUCAGGUUGGAAUUUUUCUGGAGAAAGAGCAAGAAGACUCAAGGUUUGUCGAGAGUUAAUAGACAGGAAUUAUCUGGUUUAUAGGAGAGUCUCAUUUCUGAAUUGUCUGUGGUUCAAGUUGUGUCCCAUUCCAGAUCAAUAUCCAAACCUUGAAUGGUUUGGGCUGUCUCUUGUUAUCCUUUUUCAUCCUCACAAACACAAACUUAGUCCUGUUUUUAAAUUAUUUGGUAUAUUAGUAUUCUCAUUAUGCAGCAGACUUGCUCAUCUCUUGCAAUCACCAUUCACUUCACUGCCAACUGAGUAGCUGGUUUGAAGAUGAGACUCCAUUUUCAAAAUAAAAUUAAAUAUUUAUUCACCUAAGUUGCAUUGAUUGCAACUUUAUCACAGAGCACUGUGUUGCUAAAGUUUUGCAGGGGUUUAAAAGCAGCUGAGUAAAAUCCCUGAAUAGAGUAAGUGCUAGCAAAUUACUGGACCUUCAGCUGGCUGGUGAAGAUUGAUGCCUAAUCAUUAGGUCAUUUCAGUUUUCUACUUUAUUUCUUUUCAUAUGGUGCAACCUUUGGAAAUUUCAAAUAACAAAUACUGCAGAGCUGAACUGAAAAUCACAACAGAAUUGCCAUUAAAAAAAUAGGCUUGUAAAUUUUCUUGAUCAAGAAAACCUGCUACUUUGAGAGGCAAUGCUCAUGAGGCACGGCAGAUGCUUGGGAUAAUGAUGGGAGGUUUUCUUUCACUUUAAGAUCAUUCCUGUGCUGUGCCAUGUUGUGCUUAUCUGCAAAGACUACAUCAAGGUUCUGUGUCCCAGAAAAGUGCUGCCCUUCCUCUGCAUGGCCCCUUCCCCAGCAACAUCUUGUUCUUUCUCACAGUGUGUUGUUACCAAUGAUCCUUGGUUGGCUCUGCAGCUGCCUGGCUGUUGUUGUUUGACACAUUAGCCCCUUGCCUUCUGAGUUUCUACACCUCUGCGGGCUUACGUUGACCAAAAGAUCAGUCACAGUCUAUCAGCUAUAAGCCACAGUUUUAAGUCCUAUAUUAGAAGGUGAAAAUAACUCAAGAAGUUCACUGCUUUGUCCCAGAACCCAUCUUGAGGCUAUGGUGCAAUAGCUGUGUGUGGUUAGGAUGGUUUCUACAUGUGCUACAGCUGUCUUGGAGAUCAAGAGGAUGGUAAUGUUAAUAAAACUACUGCCAGUCUGCUGCCUUUCGGUGUGCUUAAUCAUAAGGAAAACAGAGAAGGAUAGAGGAUGUUAAGCAGGCAAUGUUUUCUUUGUGGAUGCACAUAUAAUACAAGACAUUAGCAGGAAAAGUCUGUUUUUCACAGGGCAAUAAAUUACUUCUGUCACUUCACUAAGCAGGGGGAAAGGCUUGUUGAUGAAUGAGGAGGAUUAUAUAGGCUGAAGCUUGAACUCUGAACCAUUAAAAUAUCUCAUCCAACCAGUCAGACUGGGAGCACAACAGAGACACUGGUGGGGGAAAUUAAAAGCUGCAGCCAUUGCUGCUUUUGCAUAUGCUUACCCUGAAUAUUUAACCCUUUGCCUUUCACACAGUCUUCCACAGCAGGGAGGUGUAGAAACUGAAAGGAGGAAGAUUUUCAGUUGUCAUAUAUUUAAACAGGAAUCUGAAUAGGUUUUUCUCCAGGUGCCCUUGAGGAGGGUGCCUGUGGAAUGUAACUCAUUUCAGUGAGGAAAUCAUUUAAAUGAAGAACUUCUAUUUGCAUUUUACUUACUGUUUAAUUGAGAAUGAGGUAUUAGACAGAUCCCCUGCUCCUUCAUGGAGAAAACACUACAGAGAGUCAAUGCAAAUUAGUACCAGAAUGAGAGGAAACUUGAAAUCAGAGUCUAAGCCUACAUUCUGCAGCUGUAGUGAUCUUUCUAUUUCAAGAAAAUUUUCAGUCUAGAAGAUGUCUCUCCUGGUUUCUCAUGGGAUAAAAAUCCAUAUUACAGGACUAUUUUGCUGAUACUACUUUGCCCACUCCUCCCAGUGUCUGUAGAGAGAUCAAGCAAUGAAAAAAUCACUCCUGCUUUUCACCAUUUUGCACACAUGGGUUAAUGACAGCUGGAAGAAUAAUGCUAAGGAGAAGUCUCUCUUAAAUUAACUAUUGUCUUUUGAUACCUAAAGGUAUUGAUUGUGCUAUAACUAAAAUUUUCCCCACAACAACAUAAUUAUAUGCAGCAACAAAAUGUUAAUAGCAGUAGAUGAGUUUGGCCAAAACAGUUGGCAGAGAUCACAUAAUCUGCUGCAUCUUCCCGAAGCCACCUGCAUUGAGUUGCUGAAUGUAAAAUGAAGUUUGUCUCUCAACAAGGUGUAGGUCUCAUGUUGUUUACUCUUGAAAUGCAACUGCCUCUCACUCCUAUGAAGUAGGUAAGCAAAUAAUCUUGUGUAGACUCACAUAAUCAGGACUCAGGAAUCUGAAACUCUUAACACAAGAUUUAUCAGUGAUAGGGGAGGGCAGAACAACAGCUGGGGCUUGCAUACAUGAAUUGGUUGGGAAGAAAGUCCCCAGAACUAAAAUGAAGAGGUGUGAUGAAGAUUAGACCCCACAGCUGCUGAGGACACCAGAGGAGCACAGUGGACACCCCCAGGGCAUCAUGGCAGGAAAAGGUCACAGGGAAGUUCAGGAAUAUUGUCUGGUGUGUUUGGGGAGCUCAGAGUGGUGUGAGGAAAGGGCAGGGGAAAGUCAAACUUCCCAGAGUUCUGGCAGAAUGCAUGAACAGCCCGAGCAGGAGGGACACCAAGGGGCAAGGCAGAAUGUGAAAAACCCUGUGUUUCUGCUGUCUGCUGUAGCAUGUUUUGAUAUCAUUAGCCUUUUAUCUCUUUCUUCAUUUGCAGACUGUGUUCCCAAUGAAAUGCUUUUUCAGCCUCUGGAGUCCUGGGCGUUUUGUACAGAUUUUCUGUUCCAAGACCCCAUUCUUUUUAAAGGUGAACCUGUAGCCAGAAGUGUAUGAAUUCUAUUUACUACAUAACCUCUCCCUCUUGUUCUGUAUUGGGGUGCCUUUCAAACCCCACUGCAGGUGCCUGCCCGAGGGCUCUUUGCUGUGCCUGUCUCUGUAGUCAGCCCAUGAGCAACUGGUGUGUGGAAGCCAGGCAGACCUGUUCUGCAAGUGUGUGCCUUCCUGUCAGCUGUGUGUUGGACAUCCCUGGGGAGACAGCUGAGGAGACCUAGAGCAGCAAAGAGCCGAAGCUGGGCAGGACUGGAGUAGAAAAAUCAGUGAGGAGGAACUUAAUCAUAAGAAUUACAACACUGCCAAGGUAAUCAUCAGAGUUACUGGGAGUGGCCUCACAAACUGGGAACUGGUAGCAGGAGAGCUUCAGGAAAAGACAACCGCAGGGUAAGGGAAGUGGUGUCAUUCAGGUAAGUGAGAGAAAGCACUUCUGGAAGAUCAGCCUAUGAAUAUUUAUUUCUUAAAAUACUUUUAUUAAGAUAAAUGUGACCUGAAUUAGAAGGUGGCUGUACUGUAAAGUCUAUAUGUCUGUGCGUGUGUGUGCGCAUGUACACGUGUGCAUGUGCUUACUCCUGGUAGUGAAGCUACUUAUAGCCAUUUCUGUGAUCAUAAUGGUGUUGGGGUUUGAGGAAAAAAUAAAAGAGGGAUGUCCUCUACACAAUGUCUGAUUUGAAUGAAAUAACUCACAGGCAUUUUUUAGAGAGGAAAAAAUUAACAAAGUAAUUAAGUUUUGUAUAAAAUUAGCCUCAGUUCACUGAAACAGGGUGAUGCUAUGCAUGUGUGUAUAAAUAUGUCCAGUCUUUAGUUAAGUAAUACAUGCCUAGGGCUGAAUUCAGAACUAAUUACCAUUUUACUCCCAUCACUGUUUCUUGAUUGUAAUGCAGGAAUCUCUAACCCAAAGUGGUGCAGAUAUUUAGAUUUUCAUGUGUUUACCUCUGUGUGCAUGAGCUACUGAUUAAAUGACAAACAAAAUCUGUGUUAAAUCCACCAAGAAACAUCCAGAACUUGGGAAUCUAAAACUAAAGUUGUCUACACAGCUUCAAGUGGCUGUGAAUUUAUGAAAGCAGAUUUAUGAUGAAUUUCUGAAACCAUUAAGCAGCAAUGUGAUGUCAUACAGUAUUUUAUCACACAGUAGGUUUUUCACAACAAAAGCUAUAUGUAUGCGUGGUCCUUUGAAACAAAAAUUCUUCAUUCUUCUCAUGUUCUGUCAUAGCUUUUGCUGUCACAGUUUUUCAGAAUUUCUGUAUUUGUGCUGGGGUGUGAUACUGGGUUAAUACAGGCAGCUACCAGCAAAAUCAGAGCUCAGUCAGCAGGGAGACAUUUUCAAAAGUAGUAUAUGAUUUUGCUGUCAUAAAAGGAAGCCAUAGGUGAUAGUGUACUGUUGAAAGUUUGGCCUCUAGACUUUUAAUAGCCUGCUCAUUAAGGGCUUCAGCUUAAUGUAUUCCUUGGUUUUUUUAUUAUUUUAAUUCAUUCUUCAGAUUACCCGUGAGGAAUUAAUUUGGGUGGCCUUAAUUCAUUGGGAAUGUUCCAGACAUGGGUUAAUUUUCCAGAAACUACAGUAGUGCAUGUCUGCAUUUUUAUUAGAAAAAAUAUCUUUGUCUUAAUCCUCAUUCAGGUUCUGUCCCAUUUCUCCCUUCUGUACUUAAAUUUCCAUAUGCAGCACAAAUAAAUUAAUUUUUUGUAGAUGAUCUAAGCAAAACCUAGCACUGUAAGAUCCUGCAUAUCUCCACUGAAAUGGUGCCAGUUAGAGCUAACAUUUCUAGCAUAAAAGCACAGCAGCAGUGAGUCCUCCUGACUCAUUUCUCAGUGCAAUAGUGACUGUUAACUUUGCCUGGUUUUUCUGCUAUAUUGAAAAGGAGCCAAGUUUCCUUUAAGUAACCACCUGCUCAAAUAGCAGCAUGGGCCUCAUUAUUUGCUGUUUUCUCUAUGGUCUAGCUCUUCAAAAGUGGUCAGCCUAAUUUUCUUCCGCUCCCUUAAUAUGCUUCUGUAGCAGCUAGCCUAGGUUUGAUAUUCAAGUGUUGCUUCUAAUUUUGGACCAAGAGAAAAUAUUGUGUUUCUGUAUCUGAUUUCUGAAACGCUUUGUUUUCUUACAGGGUGUUACUGUUACCAGCUGUUUCAAAAGUGAGUUAUAAUACUAGAUCUUUAUAGCUGAGACAGUGCUACAGCAAGCCAUAGAAUAUUAUUUUUAGUCCUUGUUCACAAAGACAGAAGGAACUCUGGUGUGGCUGGUCAGAAUUUUCCAUUCAGCACAGGUGAAGAUGCUGCUUGGUAAGGUGCCUUGCAGUGAGAGAUGAGGAAGUGGGAGUUGGAGGCCUGCUUGCUUGUAACUGAACAUGCCAGGGGAUGUGAAAAGAUUCUCACGGAUGCUGCUGGAGUGCAAUAGCAAUGACAAGCUAUGUGUUGUGCGUGAAUAUCAAACAGAAGUGAUUGUUGUCCCAGUUCUCCUGGUGGGAGUUUUUGUCAUUGUGCUCACUGUGAUCCUUUGGCUCCACUGCCGCGGCCUGCGAGCAAAGCAGGAGCAAUCAGCACCAGCUCAAACCCAAGUGACAAGAAAGAAUCAGCAGGAACCCUGCUCAACAGAAAACCGCUACAUCCAUCUGACUGAGAGAUCUGUGGAGAGCCUGCUAAGUUCUGCAUCCUUGACUCUGAAAGAAUUAGAGAUACCACGAGAGAAACUCUUACCAGACAGUUUGCAGCUGAUAAAACUUGGUGCCUAUGGGAGCAUCUACAGAGCACAGUUGGGAACUGGGAGCUCUGAGAAGACUAAGACUGUGGUGUUGAAAGCUUUGCAAGAUCCAGCUAGUCCCCAGAAAGUAAAAGAUUUCUUGGGAAGGAUUAAAUUCCAUCAAAAUCUUGGCCAUCAUGAGAACCUGGUUGAAUUGGUUGGAUGUUGUGUAGACCAGCUCCCGCUUUAUAUGAUCAUGGAAGAUGUGUCUCUUGGUGAUCUGCUGACAUUUCUGUGGACAUGUCGGAAGGAUGUAAUGGCAAUGGAUGAUGUCCCCUAUGACCUCACUGAGAGGCAGGUAUAUGAGGUUGGACAGCAGGUUGCAGCAGCUCUGGCUUAUCUCGAAGAAAAGAACUUGUUCCAUGGUGACAUUGCUGCCAGGAAUGUCCUUCUUCAUCACAACUUCACUGCCAAGCUCUGUGGUUUCGGCCUGGCCUAUGAAACUCACACACAUGGUGCCAGUUCAGUCACAAGGAAAGUGCCUGUCAAGUGGCAGGCACCAGAGAGGCUCCUGAGCAAACCCCCUACCAUCAAGGCAGACAUAUGGUCUUUUGGAAUUCUACUGUAUGAAAUGAUUACAUUAGGUGCUCCACCAUAUCCUGAGGUGCCACCUUCUGACAUUUUAUCAUACCUGCAGAAACAGAACAUUAUGAAGCAGCCCUCGAGCUGCCAACAAGCCAUGUACUGCAUCAUGAAGUCCUGCUGGGAGUGGAGUGCAGCUCACCGGCCUUCCCCAGCACAGCUCUUGUGCUCCCUGAAAACAGCUAUGAAGACCAGCAGUGGGCACACAGUGCUGCAGGUGCCUGAGCCAGUGGUGCCUGAACUCUAUGCUGAUGUUGCUGGUGUUGAUGUGCACAGCUUGGUGAGGGAAUACACAAUCCUCUGAAGGGUCUUUUCAUAUUUUGGUAAAGGAGACAGAAGUCUUAGAGUUUUCCCUUUCUAAAUAUUUUGCAAGCUCAGAACAAGGUCCGUAUGUUGGAAGGGAUCCCUUUGUUCUUCAAACAUCUAUAAAAUCUCCAUGCCAGACACAAGAAACUGUUAUCAUUAUUGUUAAAUCAACCUCUUGGUAUCAAUCUGCCAGUGGUCAUUUGGGAGUAAAGUGUGUUUAGGAAGCUGUAGAAAAUGUAAUGAGAAACUUGAGUUAAAGGAGUGUUAGGUUUGUGUGGCAAGGUUUUGGUGAUGCGGUGGGCUGCAGAGGUGACUUCUGUGAGAAGAUGCCAGAAGCUUCCCCCAGCUCCACAAUGGACCUGCUGCUGGUCAAGGCUGAGCCCUUCAGCAACACUGGUAGCACCUCUGUGAUUACAUAUUUAAGAAAGUGUAAAAGAUACUGCACAACAGCAGGUGAAAGAGAGGAGUGUGAAUGUGAGAGGAGCCGCUCUGCAAACACUCAGGGCACGGCAGAAGGAGGGGCAGGAGCUGCUCCAGAGCUGGGAUUUCACUGAGAUUCUGUGGUGCAGCCCACAGAGAGGUGGCUGAGCCCCUGCAGCCCCUGGAGGGCAGGGGGGAUGCAGAGAUCCACCUGAAGCCCCUGAAGGAGCCCAUGCCAGAGCAGGGGCAUGUCUGGAGCAGGCUGUGACUCCGAGGGAAGCCUGUGCUGGAGCAGAAUCUGUCCUGGCAGAUUCUGUGGAGAGAGGAGCCCUCAUUGGAGAAGGACUGUACCUCAUGAAAAGGGACUCAUGCUGGAGCACUUCAUUAAAACAACCCUUGCGAAGAACUUAUGUUGGAGAAAUUCUUGAAGGACCUACUUUCCUGUGGAGGGACCCCACACUGGAGCAGGGGAAGUGUGUGAGGAGUACUCCCCCUGAGGAGGAAGGAGCAGCAGAGACAAUGUGUGAUGAACUCACCACAACCCGCAUUCACCCUGCUGGAUGAGAAGAGGUAGAGGAAUUAGGAGUGAAGCUGAGCCUGGGAAGAAGGGAAGGGUAGAGGAAGGUGCUGCAAGACUUGGUUUUAUUUCUCAUUAUACUUCCUAAUUCGAUUAGCAAUAAACUAAUUUUUCUCAAGUUGACUCUGUUUUACCCCUAACAGUAAUUGGUGA